AUGAGUUUGCUCACCCCUAGCUGCAAUGACACUGUUGUUGAGGACCUCGACUUAGGCCAGGAAAUCAGAAUAGCUUCCGAAAGAAAUAACAAUAAUACCCUUCUCCAUCUCUACGCCUCUCACUGCUUCAUCCAUUCCAGUUCCACCCUCUCUCUUUCGUCUCGUCUUCGUCGCUGCCAUCGAUCCAGGCAAUCGUCAAUCGUCUGGUUCUUCCAUUUGCUUACAAAACAUUUACGGUCCCAAGCUCAAUACAAAGUUUACAGAUUAGCACUUGCUAUUAUGGAUCUUGAUGACAUAUUUGGUCCUUCACUAAAUUUAGAAGACACCCACUUAAACGAAGGCUAUCAAGAAGGCUACAACACUGGUUUUGCUUCAGGAAAAGACGAUGGACAUGAAGUUGGAAUAAAAACCGGGUUCAUAACUGGUGAAGAAUUAGGGUUUUAUAGAGGUUGCAUUGAUGUUUGGACCUCUGUGAUUCAAAUUCAACCCACAUGUUUCUCGACCCGUGUUCAAAAAAAGAUUAAAGAAAUGGAUGAAUUGGUGUCAAAAUAUCCGAUUUUGGACCCUGAAAAUGAGAACGUAACGGAUAUUAUGGGAUUGUUAAGGUUGAAAUUUCGGGCUGUUUGUGCAACUUUAAAUGUGAAAUUGGAGUAUAAAGGGUACCCGAAGGCAUCGGAACCAAAUGAGAUUCAGUUUUGAGGAAUGUAAAGUGAUAAUUACAUGGCGUUUGGUUUGCAGAAUGUUUGUAGAAUGAAUGAACUCUAUUAAAGGAAUUUCUAUAUGAAGAAAUUGUAAUCUGUUACGUGUUUUGGUUGGUAGGAGUAGGAAACGAAAUGAAAUUUAAUGGUAAAACAUGUGUAAUUUUUAAUUUUUUUACUUGAUUUUUUUUUGUGUAUAUAUACAAAUGGAGGGUACUUUUGUCUUUUAAUGAUAAAAUAUGAAAUUUAGUUAUAAA